GGAAAUUGAACACAAAAAUUCUCAGUGACUGUCGGAAUGAAAUGGAAAUGAAAUGAAACUGGAAUUUUCGAAGAAAUGAGAGGAGGAAAAUGGAACUUGAACCAUUAGUAAAUGCAAGAUGGUGCUCGAAAGUACUAUGAUAUGUGUCGACAACAGCGACUACAUGAGAAAUGGAGAUUUUUUACCAACAAGAUUGCAAGCUCAACAAGAUGCGGUUAAUUUAGUUUGUCUUUCAAAAACUCGUUCAAAUCCUGAAAACAACGUUGGAUUAUUAACUCUUGCUAAUGCCGAAGUUCUAGCAACAUUGACCAGUGAUGUUGGGCGAAUUAUUUCAAAACUUCACAAAGUCCAGCCGCAUGGAAAUCUCUGCCUAAUAACGGGAAUUAAAAUUGCACACUUGGCUUUGAAGCAUCGUCAGGGAAAGAAUCACAAGAUGCGUAUUGUUGCAUUUGUUGGAAGUCCAGUGUUGAUUGAUGAUAAAGAAUUAGUGAAAUUAGCUAAACGUUUGAAAAAAGAGAAGGUCAAUGUUGACAUCAUAAGUUUUGGCGAAGAAACUGUUAAUAAUGAUGUUUUGACGGCAUUUAUUAACGCUCUGAAUGGAAAGGAUGGAACUGGAAGUCAUCUCGUGACAGUUCCACCGGGUCCACAUUUAUCUGAUGCUUUGAUUUCAUCACCAAUUAUUCAAGGCGAGGAUGGAAUGGGUGGUGCCGGAAUGGGAGGAGCUGCCUUCGAAUUCGGUGUCGAUCCAAAUGAAGAUCCUGAACUUGCAUUGGCUCUUCGUGUUUCCAUGGAAGAACAACGACAAAGACAAGAGGAUGAAGCCCGACGAGCUCAAGCUAAAGACGCGUCUGCCGAUAAGAAACCAGAGACAAUCAAGGAAUCACCAAACGAAGAAGCAAUGUUAAAGCGUGCACUUGAAAUGUCCAUGGAAGGACCCGAAGAAUCGGUACCAGCAUCUGAUAAUACAACUUCUAGCACUGGAGCAAUGCCCGAUUUUGCUCGUAUGACUGAAGAGGAACAAAUCGCCUUCGCUAUGAAAAUGUCCAUGCAAGAUCAACCAGAUGCAGAUCCACCAAAAGAAGAAGCAAUGGACGUGGAAGAAGAUUAUGCAGCGGUAAUGUCAGAUCCAGCAUUUUUACAAUCAGUUCUCGAAAGCCUUCCGGGUGUGGAUCCACAUUCGGAAGCUGUACGUGAAGCCGUUGGAUCAUUGCAACAAAAUAAAGAUAAGGAAAAGGAAAAAGAGAAGGAGAAAGAUAAAGACAAAAGGAGUGGCUGAUAAUUUUUUUUUGAUAGUGAUAAGUUAAUUUUGGAUGAUUUAUAUAAUAUUGCUGCUAUUUGAUACUCGAUUGUGUGGAAAAAUGUAUCGACUCUACACAGAAAAUAUAAUAAAUCAAUUUUCAUUCAAUAA